AUGUAUGUAUUUGCUGUUGAAAAUAAUGAACAACUUUUCAUUGACUUUUGUUUGGAAUCUGAUAGAAAUGCUCUUCUUGACUUUAGAAUUGGUCUUGAAGAUCCACAAAACCGGCUUGGAUCAUGGAAAGGCAACAACUAUUGCCAAUGGCGAGGAAUAAGUUGCAACGAGGUAGGAGCAGUUACUACACUUGAUCUCCAUAACCGAUAUCCAAACAACAGGUAUGACUUCUGGAACCUUAGUGGGGAAAUAAGGCCUUCAUUGACAAAACUCAAGUCAUUGAGACAUUUAGAUUUGAGUUUCAACACAUUCAAGGGUAUUUCAAUUCCUGAAUUUUUUGGAUCCUUGAAGGAUUUGAAGUAUCUUAACCUUUCUAAUGCAGAGUUUAGUGGUCUAAUUCCUCGAAAUAUAGGAAAUCUUUCUAGAUUACAAUACCUCGAUUUAGAUCAUUUGUACUACUUAUCUGUCAAUAGCAUUGAUUGGAUUGCAAGUUUAGUCUCUCUAAAGCAUCUUGUGAUGGAUGGAAUUGACCUUUCAAUGUCUACCAUCCUUAACAGAGUUGCAUAUGCCUUCUUAUUGGUUGGUAAAUAUCAGCAGCCUUGUGACCGUCGAUAUAAUAGUGGCUUGCAUGGAGGGAUUCCACUUGGUUUGGCUGAUCUUCCAAAUUUACAAUUCUUGAAACUUUCUUGGAAUAAUCUUAGUGCAAAUUGUUCUCAGUUUUUCAGAGGAAGAUGGAAGAGUAUAAGAGUCUUCGAUUUCGAUUUCAAUAAGUUGGAUGGAGAAUUUCCUGCUUUGAUUGGUAACGUGUCAUCUCUUACUUACAUGAGAUUGAAUGAAAAUCAGUUAGUUGGAAAAUUACCCGAAUCGUUAGGCCAACUUAAGAAUCUUGUUAGACUUAGCAUAAGCAAUAACUUGUUACAAGGUCCAAUUCCAAGAUCAUUAGGAUCAUUGCAAAACCUAACAUAUUUAGAACAAUCAUACAAUAGAUUAACUGGGAAUCUUCCUAAUAGUUUGGGAGAGCUCUCUGAAUUGUCUUUCUUAGAUCUUUCCUUCAAUCAACUCACUGAAAUAGUCAAUGAAACACAUUUUCUAAAGCUUCAUAAAUUAGAAUAUGCAGAUCUAUUUUCCAACUCUUUUAUAAUGGAUAUAAACUCAACAUGGAUCCCUCCUUUCCAAGUUAAGUUUCUUUACAUGGGUUCAAGCCAUUUACGUCCUUCAUUUCCAACUUGGAUUAGAUCACAAAAGGUGGUACAAUUCUUGGAUUUAUCAAAUGCUAGCAUUUCAGGCUCAAUACCUGAUUGGUUUUGGGAAACUUUCUCUAAUCUUUCAUGGUUAAAUGUUUCCUCUAAUCAAUUGAAAAGUCAGCUACCUAUUACAUUCAAUAAGUUUUCAAUUUCACUUCUUGAUUUAAGCUCAAAAAAUUUUGAAGGGUCCAUUAUUUCUUUCUCAAAUAAUGUUGAUUUAGUCUUACUUGAUUUAUCCAACAAUAAACUUUCUGGUCCUAUCCCCAAAACCAUAGGUUCUACCUUAACAAACUUGAUGUUCCUUUCUAUUUCAAACAACCAAAUACAAGGGAAAAUCCCAGCAUCCAUUGGAAAUUUGCUUAGUAUUAAAGUCAUUGAUUUUUCUAAUAAUAGCUUAGAAGGAACAUUACCUAGCAUUGGAAAUUGUUCUCACCUAGAAGCAUCGGACCUUAGAAAGAACAAUUUGUUUGGAACUAUUCCUAAUGAUUUUGAUUUAGCAGAUAAUGGAUUCAAUGGCAGCAUCCCUGCUAGUUUUAGAUAUUUCAAGGCUAUGAUACAAGUCCAGAGAGAAAAUCAUUAUCUAUUCUAUGGCCAUUUCAAUCGUAGGAACUAUGAAGAUAACUUGGUUGUGAAAGUAAAAGGCCAGGAUAAAAACGGUUCAGUUCUAGAGGACAUUUCAAAGUUGGGACAAUUGUCUUCUCUUGAUCUCUCAAACAAUAAGCUCUCAGGUGUCAUUCCUAAUAGUUUGUCAUCACUUUUGUUCUUGGGACAUCUCAACUUGUCAAACAAUAAGUUGUCCAGCAAGAUUCCUUACAAUGGCCACACUGCAACCUUAGAGGCAUCUUCUUUUGUUGGAAAUCUAGGCCUUUGUGGCCAACUCCUUGACACAAAAUUUUCAGAUGAUGAUAAUGGUGAUUUGGGUAAAGAGACAACACUUGAUGAGGAAGAUAAUAAUGAUGAAGAAAAUUUGAUUGAUAAGUGGUUUUAUUUGAGUGUUGGAUUGGGAUUUGCAGCAGGACUUCUAGUUCCUUUUUUUCAUGUUGGCAAUGAGAAAAUCUUCGAGCGAAUCUUAUUUCGGUGUUGUGGAUAG